AUGUGUGAUAUCGAUGGAAGUUGGGUUGCGUGGCUCGAACCUGCGUAUUUGCUGUGGAAACCUGGGGGCCGUGGCUAUGUUAGACCUUCAUGCAUGACUAGGACGGAGGAAGAUAAGCCUGAGCUCACACCAGAGGAAGAACUUGCCCUUAUGACCAAACAAGUCAAUGCUAGCGAUGGGUUUGAUAUAGAUUUCAGUUCCUUCCUCUGUGUAUUCAACUACCAUCCUGCUAUUCUCCAUUCUGAUCAAUUCGCUGACGAUGAGUUUGAUACUACUGAGGAUUUACUCAAGAGCCUUGCUCAGGAAGCUCUUGAUGACCACAAUGGCAGACAUGGCACAGAGUAUGAGUUUGUUAAAGUUGUUAAAGCCAAUUUUCACUUUGCUUGUGCGAUGAUGUUUCUCAUAACAUUUCAAGUCAAGGAUCCUUAUGAUGACAUGGUUAAGCUCUUCCAAACAAGGGUACGCCACGGUAAACAUAUCACUACUAACUAUGUCUUCUGCAGACCUAAACCCAAUCAAGGAGUGAAAUACUUUGGAAUCAAGAAAGUUGUCAAGAGAGAUAUUGAGCAAGUUGUCAAGAGCCAUGUUCCCAAAGAUGUCGUCAAGAAACAAAAAUUGGAGGAUGAGCCUUUGUGUGCCACAAGGAGUUAGAAUGCAGAGAUGCUGAAUUGUUUUUAUAAUCUAUUUGCGUCCUAGAUGAUGUGACUUUAGUUAAUUACUUAUGGGAGCUCUUGUGUUGCUAGGGAAUGAACUUAUUAUAU